AGGAAGCUUCAAGGAGGUCCUGAGCUUCGACCCAAUGAUUACAAGAAGCAGGGUGAUGCUGAACCUAAGAAACAAUCCAAAGAUACUGAGACCAAAGAGCCCUCUGUUUUGGAAGAUCUUGCGGUAGCUGCAAGAGGUGGGAUGGAGACUUUUUUAAGGCCUGCCUUACAUCGUGUGUACAUGACACGAGCUUCUAAUUACAAAGAUGCUCUUGCAAGCUUUAUCAAAGGUUACCAUGAGGGUGUCCAGCAAGUUAUGCAGAGCAUAGAAGAGUCUGAUGAAUCAUCCGACAACUCUAGAAAGACUACAUGAGCUUUACUUUGUUGCUAGCUCCAGAAUCUUGGAUUAGGUGAUUGCUGACUGUGCUGCUUUGCUAGAUCUUGGAUUCCUUUAAUUGUACCACAAGAAUCCAGAGAUUUCUAUCUACCAUGGUAGUCUUUUGUGCAAAAAUGUAGCCUGUUUGUGAUUCAAAUACUAGUAAGAGCAAAUAUAUAUAUAUAUAUAUA